AUGGUGCAGGAUAGUUGGAAUGCUCCUUUGGAGGGGAAUCCAACUUAUGUUUUUGCUCAGAAAUUAAAAAGGCUCAAGGCUUAUAUGAAGGUAUGGAAUCAACAGGUUUUUGGUAAUGUUUAUGUCAGAUUGAAGCAAGCGCAACUUAGGCUUCAGAAUGCUUUAAGAAUAGCUGAUGAAAACCCUUUUGAUUUGCAUAAAAAUAAUGUGAUGAAAGAAGUGUCAGUUGAAGUUAAUAACAUUCGUAUGCAGUUGGCUACAAUGUUGAAGCAAAAAUCUAAAAAUCAGUGGUUGGUUGAGGGUGCAAGUAACACUAGUUUCUUUCACAAUAAUAUUAGGAUUCUAAGGAGUAGUAAUGCUAUUUCGGAGCUUGUGGAUGAUCAUGGGGUGACUAUUUCAGAUUGUGAUCAUAUUAGAGAUCUUGCGGUGAACUAUUUUAUAAACAAAUUCAACGGAGAUGUUUCUGUCCCUGUGGACUCUCUUUUUGAUGUGGAGCAUGAGAGUAUUACGAUUGAGGAGAGUGGUCAUACAGAUCAAACUCCUUCUUUUGAAGAAAUUUAUGAAGCGGUGUUCUCUUUGGGUGCGGAUAGUGCUCCAGGGCCUUAUGGUGUUUUGGGUAAUCUUGUUUCUGAGGAGCAGGUUGCUUUUAUGAAGGGUAGAAAUAUCCAUGAAAAUAUUAGCCUUGCUUCGGAGAUGGUGAAUGAAAUCCAAAUCAAACGGAAAGAUGGAAAUGUUGGUUUGAAGCUGGAUAUUACACAAGCAUUAGAUACAAUUAGUUGGAGUUUUAUUUUGGAGGUGUUUAGAAGUAUAGAUAGAGGGAUUCGUCAGGGGGAUCCGCUAUCUCCACUGAUUUUUGUGUUGAUUGAGGAUGUUCUUAGUAGAAAUAUCACGAAGCUUUUUCGUGAGGGUGCUAGGCCCACUAUAGUCUCAAGAAAAGGUAUCUCUCCCACCCAUUUGUUUUUUGCUGACGACAUUAUGAUUUAUUGCAAGGGAAAUAUGAAGAGCUUGAGAAAUCAUGUAGCUCUUUUGGGUUAUUAUCAGCGUGCUUCUGGCCAAACUGUUAGUCGAGCUAAGAGUAAAAUAUAUUAUGGAGGAGGUUCUUUGCGGAGGAGAGCAACGAUUUCUGAUUUUUUGGGGAUGCCUAUUGCGACUUUCACGGUGUUUGAGGGGUGA